CCAGGCCACGGUGUCUCCGAGUCUCCAGCGGGGCCACGCAGUCGCCACCUCGACCCGUCUCGUCUCACCGGAACCAUGCUAGUCGCUUUGUUUGUAUUCGCCACUGCCGCUGCGGCGCCACUGUCGGCACGAGGCCCUGCCGCCCACGGGGAGCACCAGCCUCUUCCCACAAGGGGCACUGCACAGCCGCAUGGUGAGGACACGGUGGGCGACGUGGAUGUGGUCACCACGCCUACCUCACCGUCCGCCACCGGCGCGGACCACUCAGUUCCUGACCUGGAAACAAUCACCGAACAGCACGGCGCCGACCUGUGUGAGGGGAGCUGGCAUCGACCUCAUCCAACCGUGGGUGAAGGUGAAGUGAACGAAUUUAAAAAGAUUCCCAAGCUUUAUACUACAUCUUCUGUCUUUUUCGGGUUCGUAGGAAGUUUACGCACACGCCGCUCUUCUGAAACACCACUUUCGACGCGUGAUAAAUCUCUUAAUCCUACCCAGACUCCUGCUUCGACUGGUGUGGAUGUCGAAACAUCCUUUGGCGUCUCACAAAACGUGCACUUAUCCUCCGAGAAAGAACUUAGCCCUCGUAAAGCCUCUCCAAACAGUUCCAAGUUGCCUUUAGAAGACUCGGUUUCCGCCAUCAGUGAAGAAGGGCUGUCUUCCCCAACGCCCAACAUCGAGGAGAAGCGAGACCGACAGCCGAAAACGAUGUCAACAACGGAGAAACUGUCCUCUCGCGUCAUCAGCUCUACCCACCAUUGGAUGACGACUCCACGGGACGUAGGUAGCGCGGCAGCUGAUACACCGGUCCUGUCUCGUCUUUCAAGGUUCCAGAAAGCUGAGCUCAACUCGAGUGCUGCUUCUGUGGCGGAUGGGAACAUCACACAUACGUAUAUAGUAUAUCAAUCCAGCGGAGGCUCCAACGGCGAGUCUCAGAAUACAGGCGAGCGAUUGGACUUCAGCGGCUCGAAGUCUGCGUACUCGUCUUCAGGAAACGGCGACAACACAGUGGUAGAGGUCGAGAUCUCGAAGCCAGAUAUGGCCGCCACCGAGAAGGAGACGGAAGAGAUUAUCAUAAGGGACGCUACCCUCAUCAUUGUGUUCAGCUGCCUCGCUGUGCUCGUCCUCGUAGUCUGCAAAAUCAUCAGAUACGUCAUGGACUACAAACUGAGCAAGUACGAGGAGAGGAUGCAGAACGCUGGAGUAAGGCCUUGUUGUUGAUGAGUGGCACAUUAAAGAGCUCUGCAAGCCUAAUUAAAGGCCCUGAAGGCGACAAUUACUGCCUACUAGACGCCUAACACGAUAAGACGAUUCAUUGCAUGAACAAAUUUCAUAGAGUCUUUUCACCAGGCUCAGCGUAUCUGCCAGUCGUUCGGCUCUCAAACUUCAGACGAGUCUAAGAGCAGAACAACACAUCUCUGGUUGAUGCCCAAGCCUGAGGAGAACAUCAAAGAAAGAAAGAGUCACAAUCAAUUAAGUUUUUGCGGUUUUGUACUACUAAUGAAGUUGUCAAUAACACACCAGAUUAACAGGAGUCAACGAACAAGACAGAAUGUUGUAAGCUUCGGAGGUACAUAUUUAUGAUAAAUUUGCAAGACGUUUUUGGGACUACAUUGACCAUAAAUCCCAUUGUUACCAAUUGAGAUAUUUGUGACAUAAGUUAGUAUCCAUAUUUUAGAUAAUUCCGUCCGAACAGGCCUCGGAAGUCCUAGAGGUAAUGACCGGCAGUCGCGUCAUAUUCAGCCUAUGGGCUUCACUUGAUAUGAGGAGCGUGUGGUAAGCACACUGCUCUCCCGGCCGUUGUCAGUUCACAAGACGAGUGCCGCUACUUCUUAUUCAAGCAGCUCCUCAAUCUAUCUUACACGGGCUGAGUGCUCCCCACUUCCCGACAGCGCUCACAGAACGGACGGUCACCCAUCCAAGUGCUAUCCAAGCUCGACAGCGCUUAACUUGGGUGACCUGACGGGAACUGAUAUUACCACUGUGGCAAGGCCGCUGGUAUGCAUAUUUAUAUAAUAUAUAAGGAUUUGCAAGCGACGUUUUUUUCUUCUAAUCAAAUUUGUCAUUAAUAUUCCACGGUAGAAGAAUGCAAAUACUUUAUAUUAAAAAAUAUGUACAUCACCUUUUAUCGAAAAUGUCUUGACCUGGAAAGGAAUGAAGUAAACGCUCAUCGACCUCUUUAAGAAUUUGCCAACACAAAUAAAAUGUCCAGGAAGUUGUAACAGGAGGCUGAGAGUUCACUGAAGUUGCGUACUCCACUUGCAGAUGAACGUUUCAUUUUCUUUUAAGUUGUUCCUUCUUGAAUCAUAUAUAGGUUCUUGAAUAGAGGCUAAUUGUGUUACAAAUGGGGUAUGCGAGCGCGUAUAUCUUCGUGAGCAGAACUAGAUCGAGAGAGAAAUAAGAAAGUGAGAGGGAGAUCUGCAACAUAAAAGCUGUGUAAAUGUAGCGAUUUCAAUAGCAGACAAUCUACCUAAUCAACAUCAAAAAGAAGAUAAAUGCCUGUCAUUGAGACUUACAUCAUUAUUCAGCAGGAAAUUUCUUCAGUCCUUUCAUUAUUAAUAUACAGUUGGUAUUUCACUGGUUGCUUGCAUUUCUUGCCACAUCCUAUCUGUAAGAUGCAAUUUGCUGUAAAUAAUUUAUCUCAA